GCAAGUCUUCAACAUAGUAGAAUCGGCGGAUUUGAGCGCUUGCGUGGACACCUCACGGACACAAGGGCGGGGAUGAAGUUCAAGUUUAAUGAUUAAUGCAAACGAGUAUAUAAGAAACGUUAAAGUCGUAAAUUGAGGUUCACCGAAGUUUCACGAUUGUCACCACCGCACGCGCGAGCUUGAAGUUCCGGAUCCAUCUCGCGUGAGAGUCGAGUGUGCGCAGCAAGUAACAUGCAUGCAGACACUGAUACACUGUCACCAUGGCUUUGAUAAGAUUGUUGACCAGACUGAGUGGAUAUGUGCACUUGAAACAAGGUUUGGAGUGUUUGGGAGCCAGUUCUCAGAGCACGAGAUUACAACAGCACACUGCAGCCCAUUCAUCUUCAUGCAACUAUCAGCUGCUGCCUGACUGUCUGGAGCUCAGCUACGGGGGUCUUGUAAUGCACUUUGACUACGUGUGGCUGAGAGAUCACUGCCGCUCGGCUUCAUGCUACAACUCAAAAACACACCAGCGAAACCUGGACACUGCCAGCAUUGAUCUGAACAUCAGGCCUUCAAAGAGCAGAGUGGAUGAGAACACCCUCUUCCUCACAUGGCCAGAUGGUCACAUCACACGGUACAAUCUAACAUGGCUGGCCCAGAACAGCUACGAGGGCCAGAAGCGAAGUGCCAUGCAACCUCGGAUCCUGUGGAGCGCAGAUAUCUACUCCAGCGCUCAGGUGCCUUCUGCCAGCUGGGACAAGUUCAUGAGCUGCGACGAGGAGCUGAAGAACUUCCUCAACAACUUCCUGCUUUACGGAAUUGCCUUCGUCGAAGGCGUCCCACCAACCCUGGAAGCUACUGAAACAGCGACCCAAAGAGUGAGCCUCAUCAGGGAGACCAUGUAUGGGCGGAUGUGGAACUUCACUUCAGAUUUUUCUCGUGGAGAUACAGCCUACACAAAGCUGGCCCUGGACCGCCACACCGACACGUCAUACUUUCAAGAACCCUGCGGCAUCCAGGUGUUUCACUGUCUGAGACAUGAAGGAACGGGGGGCAGAACUCUGCUGGUGGACGCUUUCCACGCCGCUGACGCAGUCCUCCAGCGAACGCCCGAGAACUUUGAGCUGCUUUCACAUGUGCCCAUCAAACACGAGUAUGUGGAGAACCUGAGUGAGCAUCGCAACCACAUGAUCGGCAUCGGCCCCGUGAUCAACGUCUAUCCGUGGAACAACGAGGUGUACAUGAUUCGGUAUAAUAACUACGACCGUUCUGUUAUCAACACAGUCCCUCAUGAUGUGGUGCGGCGCUGGUACACGGCUCACAGGCAGCUCACCGCUGAACUCAGGAGACCAGACAAUGAGCUGUGGGUCAAACUCAAACCAGGGAAGGUCCUGUUCAUUGAUAACUGGCGUGUUCUGCAUGGCAGAGAGUCGUUCACCGGCCUGCGGCAGCUGUGCGGAUGUUAUCUGACGCGUGACGAUGUGCUGAACACAGCUCGCUCUCUCGGUCUCCAGGCCUGAGCGCAUAAUGCUAACUAUCCAAACAUCAUUUACCAAAAACACCUUGAUUUCUCCAGCGUUAGGACAGCAGAGGAUCAUAACAGUAUUAUUUUAGUAUUACUAAUCAACUCGGCUCUUUGUUUGAAUGAUUUUAUGAUUUUUUGAGAUUAAAUGAGUUUGUUGUAGACGAUGCAUCUUUUGAUCCAUAACGAUUUCUUUCCACAGAAAAACAGAUGUAGUAAUAGACUUUAAUUUAAAUUAUUUUUAUUUUGUUGUUUUUUUUUUAGAAAUGGUCAGGACAUGCAUUACCUCAAGAGAAUAUGAAGUGAAAAGGCACUUAUUUUAAAAACGGUUAUGCUAUAAUGUCUGAUUUUAAGGUUUGGUUCACGCAGACAGACUAAAAGAUUAAAUCAGAAGAUCCUUUGUUUUGCAGAAUGAUGUUUGAAUCGUGGAAAUAGUUCACACAAACAUGAUAGUGUCCUGAUUAUUUACUUCAGCUGAAGAGAAAUUCAAGUUUUAGAGUAAAACAUGACAGGAUUUUUCAUCAUCUAAUGCAAGUGAAUGGUGCUCAUUGUAGACCAUUUUCAACGGACCAAAUCCGUAUCUAGGCAGAUUCAAACUAAUCCACAUGACCCUAGCUGACAAACAAAAGUCCUCUCCAAUGAUCAGACAAUUUUAGAAAAGAAUAAAGAAUUAUAUACUUUUUAUCUACAAAUGUCGGCAUUGGUCCAGCUCGUGUGACACAUGCAUGUUGUGAGGAUCAUGCAUGACAAAGACUAAAAGUUGUUGUUUUUGUGUCCGUUUAUUGUUCACAAUAACAAUUGUCUCGAAUUAAGCUGAUACUGUGAACUGUUCCUUUAAACGGUUGUCAAUGCUGGGUAUUUCUAUGGGUUUGUGACUUAAGAGCGAUAUGGGAAAGAUCUCACAGAGUUUAAAUGUAUAUGCUGUAUUGCAUUAAUCUUUGCGAGUUUUUUUUUUUUUUUUUUUUAUCUGUAGCAUUUUAACAUCCUGUAUCCUAUAUAAAAUGAUCUCAAAUGAAUGUACGCACAAAAAUACCAAUGUUACCUCUAGAAAAUAAAUUAAUCUCCUUGCA